AUUCGAAAGAAUGCAUUCAGUGCUGUAGCUAGCUGCCUUCUAGACACACAUUCAUUUUUCACCACAAGGUCGACAAGCACCACAGUCAAAUUGUUACACGGAGAAAUCGGACUUCAGGGAACAAUGGAAGAUUACUUGAAAAUAGAAAAAAUCGGAGAGGGUACCUAUGGGGUGGUGUACAAGGGCAGACACAAGUCAACUGGCCAGGUGGUGGCCAUGAAGAAGAUUAGAUUGGAGAGUGAAGAAGAAGGAGUUCCCAGCACAGCUGUAAGAGAAAUAUCUCUUCUAAAGGAACUGAAUCACCCUAACGUUGUACGGCUCCUAGAUGUGCUGAUGCAGGAGUCUAGACUCUACCUAAUCUUUGAGUUCCUGUCCAUGGACCUGAAGAAGUACCUGGACUCCAUCCCCUCUGGACAGUACAUGGACCCCAUGCUCGUUAAAAGCUACCUCUACCAGAUUCUGGAGGGCAUCCUGUUUUGUCACUGCAGGAGGGUCCUGCACAGGGACCUUAAGCCCCAGAACCUGCUCAUCGACAACAAGGGGGUCAUCAAGCUGGCUGACUUCGGCCUAGCCAGAGCCUUUGGGGUGCCAGUGCGGGUUUACACUCACGAGGUGGUGACGCUGUGGUACAGGGCUCCAGAGGUUCUGUUGGGUGCUGCUCGUUACUCCACCCCAGUAGAUGUGUGGAGCAUCGGGACGAUCUUUGCAGAGCUGGCUACCAAGAAACCCCUAUUCCACGGAGACUCUGAGAUUGACCAGCUCUUCAGGAUCUUCAGAACUUUGGGUACUCCCAACAACGAUGUUUGGCCGGAGGUGGAGUCCCUGCCUGACUACAAGAACACGUUCCCCAAGUGGAAGUCUGGGAACCUUUCGUCCAUGGUGAAGAACCUGGACAAGAACGGCAUUGACCUGCUCGCUAAAAUGCUAAUCUAUGACCCACCGAAGAGAAUCUCUGCAAGACAGGCAAUGACCCAUCCUUACUUUGAUGACCUGGACAAAUCGACUCUACCUGCAAACACUGUCAAGAUGUGAACUCAGCACCUCCACACUCUGAUGGCCUCUAACAGAUUACAAUUAUGGAAGUAUAUGAAUCCAUAUUUAGUUUGUCUGGUUUGUUUUUCCGUUUUCUUUGUUUGUCUUUUCUAUGGUUAGUUUCUCUGUAAAUACACAUUUCUGUAAAAAAGAAUAAAGUUUGGAUCUGAUGUUAAA